AUGGAAAGAUCGGGUCAGGACUCAGCCAGUGAUACCUCCGUCGACGAACGGAGAAAAACAGUACGCGAGGAGCGGAAAGUUCGUAGGAAAAAGAGAAAACGUAAAAGGGAUUUGAUAGAUAUACGUCAGAGGCUAUCAAAACCGAAAAAGGAGAAGCAAACGAAGAUCGAUAGGAAGUCGAAGAAGCCGCAAAGUAUGAAGAACUUGGCCACCAGGAUUCUUCCGAAACCUUUAACUGGGAUAUACAGAAAUGGCGCGUUAGGAAAAGCGAUACGAAAGUCUCAAACGAGUCCAGCCAUGGGUGACACGGGUAACGCACGUUUAGAAGGGGACAUGUGCAAACUCCUGAAUGGCUAUGACUCGAAAUCAGAAAGUAUCGUAGUGGGGAAUACUAACGAAAAGGAGCCUAAUCCUAAAAAUAUCCUCAUUCCAUAUUCCAGUGAUGAGUCUACAAGUCCUUUUCUAGGUAGAAUGGAUGGAGGAAACAAAUGCAAGAUGCCCGAAGAGCCGAGAGCUACCGACCUAUCGAAAUCUUCAAAUCACAGGAUUGAUUCCAGAGAGUAUUACGAUACAGCGAUGAAGAGAUACCAGGAACUAUGUCAAUCGAUCAGCAGAGAGAAUUUCGAGGAGAACAAUUUCAAGUUCCCAGGCGAAGAUCCGCUGACGAAAGUAAAGAAGAGGUUGAGAAACGCCUACGCGCGGUCGUUCCGCUAUCAAAUUAUGCGGGAUGUGUUCAAAGACGACGAUGCGCCUGUAUGCAGCACCAGCAGCAGCAGCAGUACGUUUUAUUCACCGGCAGCUAAGCUGAACAAUCCUUUCUUAUUCACGGCCGAAGACGUUCAAAAUCAGAA